GGGCCAUAGCACGCAGGUAGCUACACAGGUGAGUGUGUACGGUCUAGCACAUCUGAUUAAUGUUGGCGAGAUUCACAAAGUGGCCGUAGGCGACGUUAUUAAUCCCCAAAACAAUGAGCAUGCUCGAGCUGAUGACGUGGACGGAAAUCAUCGAAGACCUCAAGGUUGAAGGGAAUUUCAAGAUGGCCGCCAUUUUCGACCUGACCGGCACGAAAAUCGCCGAGACUUCCGGUGCCGCCCUAACGGAAGAGGACGCGGUGGGCGUGAUGAAAGCCCUGGACGCCGCCGCCUCCAUGCUGUACGGGCUGUUCCUGUUGGGGUCAAAGUUCAGCUGCAUCAACGUUGACCCAUCCACCGUCAUUGGCCAGGCCAAUGGUCACGUGUUUGUGGCCAACCGGAACCAGAACCUUCUCGUCUGCGCAGUCUCAGACGCGCCGAGCAGGACUUCCUGUUUGGGGACGGUCAGGAAUUUUAUCAGCCGGCUGGGGACCCAAGGUGCCCCUGAGGCCUUGGUGCCCAGCCUGAUGUAAACCUGGCAAGGGCAGAGAGGACUUGCCACGGUGCACUGUGCUGCUAUACCAGGGUGCACUCUGGUGCACAGUGCAUUGGGUUAACGCACACUUUGAUAAAAUAGGUCUCAUCAGGACUAGUGGUCAAAAUACAGAGACAUCACUAUUCCAUUUUAAGGGACAUAACUAUACCAGCUUCAUUCCAAGGGACAUCACUGCAGUAGUUUAGUUCCAAGGGACAUAACUAUACUAGUUUAGUUUUAAUUUAGUUUCAAUUGAACGCUCUACCUAUGUAGCUGUUUUAAUUACGUUAAGUUGUGAUCUACUUUUGUCUGCACUAUUAGCAUGCUGUGUUUUAUUUUGAGUAAAGAAAAAAAUACAAGAUAUCAAAAAAAAAAACUAUUAGCAUGCUGUCCCCACCCACCCUUCCACCCACCAUAUCACGACUUAAACUGUCCUUAGCUGUAGAUAUGUAAGUUAGAGUAUGCCCAAAUCUUAACCUGUGUGUCCUUAUGUGUAAGCCUAAGUCUGAAGUAUAUGUCCCUAUGUGUUGUCGCUGUGUGUAUAUGAGUGUGUACGGCCAAGUGGUCGAUUGUUAGCCUCUAAUAGAUGUAAUCAGCACACAGGAUGAGAGUAAAAACAUUUGACUAAAGCACUUGACUAAAGAAACAUUUGACUUAAGCACUUGACUAAAGAAACAUUUGACUUAAGCACUUGACUAAAGAAACAUUUGACUUAAGCACUUGACUAAAGAAACAUUUGACUAAAGCACUUGACUAAAAACAUUUGACUCAAGAACUUGACUAAAAACGUUUGACUAAAGCACUUGACUAAAAACACUUGACUAAAAACAUUUGACUCAAGCACUUGACUAAAAACAUUUGACUAAAGCACUUGACUAAAAACAUUUGACUAAAGCACUUGAUUAAAAACAUUUGACUAAAGCACUUGUCUAAAAACAUUUGACUAAAGCACUCGACUAAAAACAUUUGACUAAAGAAACGGUUGACUAAAGCACUUGACUAAAGAAACAUUUGACUAAAACAUUUGACUUGACUAAGCAAACAAUAAAUAUAACUGUCCUAACAAUUCACAUUAUAUAAACUUUUUCAAAAUUCUGUGGAAAAAUAUUUAAGUUCAAUAAAAAAUUAAAAAGUUA